AUGGAGCCGCCCCGCUAUGAAUCUUUUACACCACUGGCACAAGCAUGUGAUAGUGGAUAUAUAAAUAUAGUUAAAACGCUUCUCAAGGCAAGAGCUGAUGUUAAUCCUCAUGGUGAACAUUUCACACCGCUCACAGCAGCAAUUAAGAGUGAAAAUUUUAGUAUAGUGAAGGAGUUGCUAAAGGCAGAAGCUGAUGUCAAUCUAAAAGAUGAGUUUAAUACACCACUGACUGCAGCAUGGGAUCUUGCACAUGUGAGUGUAGUAAAAGAGUUACUACAGAAAGGUGCUGAUGUUAAUCUACAAGAUGAUUUUGAUACACCACUGACUGCAACAUGUGGUCGUGGACAUGUGAGUGUAGUAAAAGAGUUACUACAGAAAAGUGCCGAUGUUAAUCUACAUGGAAAGGUUGAUACACCACUGACGUCAGCAUGUACAAGUGGAUAUUUGAAUAUAGCGAAAAUCCUGCUAGAUGUAGGGAGCGAUGUUAAUAUGCAGGAUAAGAAAGGAAAUACCCCUCUCUAUCACGCUUUUGUAAACACACAUUAA